CUGAGCCGUACUCGUGUUCCGACCGCCCGCCAGACAAGACCUGGGCCGCGCCGUCCGCAGAGAGCGCUUGAAUGUAGCAACGAUUCGCCGAGUUAAAAAAAAAAAAAAAAAAGUAGCGGAAAAUCGCUACUCGAGAAAAGAAAAGAAAAAAAGCUGAGAUACGCCACUCGAGCGGAUUAACGAUUCCUUCUGCCGGUGUUUGUUUACAUUUUUUUAUAAGUUGUGGAAGGCAACUCAGAAGUGCUUUUAGAUAUUUUAGAUAAAUAAAAGAGGAUCUGAACUUCCUCGGCUGAUGUGAUUCAAUUUUUUUUUCUUCACGGUACAUAUUAACUUUUUUUUUGGGAUUUCGAAAAAAAAAGUUAAGGAAAAAAAGAUUAAAGCUUCCGAUUCACAACUGAUAUGUGAACUGUCAGAGGAAUUAACAGUGUCGUGGAAUUUAUAAAGAAGGAGAUUUCAACUCGCCCAAGAUCCUUAUCCAAGAGGCGAGAAUCCAGGUCACACCAGCUACCAAGCCUCUUAACUGCACGCCAUGUUGCCUUCGCCUAAAAUGCUUGUCUUAAUAUCAGCUCUGGUGGGCGUGGCGACAGCCCUCGUCUCCAUCAACGAAGGGCCUGACGGGGAACUCAACGAUAAUUCGCCCGUCUAUUUCCCCAUCCUGCCUGAGGACUUUAAGGAUUUCGGCAUCAAGUUGGGCGGCGGUGUGGCACCUCCCCCGAUUCCGCCGCCGAGGUCGUCCCUCCCCAAGAAGCUGGACAUGCCCUCCACGACCUCCAAGCCUACGACCACCACCGUGCGCUUGCCCAUCAACGAACACGGGCAUCUCAAUCACAUUGCUAGCGAGACGGUGACGAAGCCCCCAGGCCCUUCCUACCUGACCGAUUCCUACUACUACACGGAGGACCACACGAGCGCCCCAGGAACCCACGACCAUUCCUCUGCCGAGAGAACCCACGAGGACAGGGAGAGCGAGGACAGAGGACCGCAGGCGCUGCAGAGGUUGGCCCCCCUUGAGCCCCCAUCCUUCGGGGCCAAGAUGCCCUCAGCGCUGGCUCUCCUCGACGCCCAGCACCCUCCUCCCGCGCGCCCCGCCCCCCGUCAACGCCCCGCCCCCAUCACCACUCCCGCGCCCAUCCUCACCACUCCCGCGCCCAUCCUCACCACCACACCCGAGCCGGUGCUUUCCUCUCCGCCGUCCACACGCCCGCAUAAGAACAUGAAGCUCAGACCAGCCUACACACCCAUCCCCACGCCCGCCCCCUCCUACGGACGCGUGCCUGCCAGGGUGCCCGCGCGCCGCCUCUCGCGCCCUUCCACCACGACGCCCUACACGCCCGUGCGCAUCUCUACCACCACUGCCGCCGCUAUCACGACGUCCCGGCCCGAAGGCCCUCCAUCCCGUGGGCCCGUCCGCAGACCCAAGUUCGAGUCAGCGAGAGUGGGCGGUAAGGUGCGCGCAAACCGCCCGUCGGUGACCGGGCGUCGCCCCACGUCUUUGGCCUCGUACCGCACGCCCACGCCUACCACGACCACCCACAGGCCUUACGACAGUCGCGUGCCUUCGGGCAGCGCCCCACGCCGCCAGUACGUGCGGACACACUCGGCGGCGAGACCCGACGAGGCGCCCGUGUACCGCACCUCCACCAAAGCGUACCGCGCGCCUUCCUCGCUGUACCACGUACGCGCGCCCACCACCACCGUCACGGCGCCCGCGCAGCCGGACUUCAUACAGGCCGACCCCAACAUCUACGUGCCGCACGAGUACGACGAGGAGGCCAUCCCUGGCGAGGCAGGCGUCGACUUCCCCAACUACGACGAAGGUUCCUGACACAUCCUUCACCUGCAACGCCCAGGAGCAUCCGGGACUCUACGCCGACACGGAAGCGCAGUGCCAGACGUUCCACAUCUGCCAGGAGGACGGGCGACAAGACUCGUUCUUGUGUCCCAACGGCACCAUCUUCAACCAACAGUACUUCGUGUGUGACUGGUGGUACAACUUCUCAUGCGAUCACGCCGCCAGGUUCUACUCGCUUAAUGCCCUCAUCUACGAGCUGCCCGUGCCCGAGAAAUACGCCAGAAAAUAAUGCGACUUGGCUUAUGCCCUCUUGGUUACCUUUUCCUCCUUUUUUAUAUUUUGCCUGUAAAUUAUUACUUAUCGAUGCCAUGUUUUUACACGCGAGGACUUGAGCUGUAAAAUAGUAUAUAAAUCAGAAUACACACUUUAUAUAUAUAUAUAUAUAUAUAUAUAUAUAUAUAGAUACAUGUAUGUAUAUAUAUGUA